UUUUUGCUAGAAUGAGAGAGCAUAUUCCUUUUGUGGAACAAUAGAAUACAUGGCUCCAGAUAUUGUAAGAGGAGGAGAUACAGGACAUGAUAAGGCUGUUGAUUGGUGGAGUGUUGGUGUUCUUAUGUAUGAAUUAUUAACUGGAGCAUCACCAUUUACAGUUGAUGGAGAGAAGAAUUCCCAAGCAGAGAUUUCUAGGAGAAUAUUAAAAAGUGAGCCACCUUAUCCACAAGAAAUGAGUGCACUGUCUAAAGAUAUAAUUCAGCGUCUUUUGAUGAAAGACCCCAAGAAGAGGCUAGGUUGUGGUCCCACUGAUGCUGAUGAAAUCAAACAGCAUCCCUUUUUCCAGAAUAUGAAUUGGGAUGAUUUAGCUGCCAAAAAAGUAUCAGCUCCAUUUAAACCGGUAAUCAGAGAUGAAUUGGAUGUCAGUAAUUUUGCAGAAGAGUUUACAGAAAUGGAUCCGACAUAUUCUCCUGCAGCAACUCCUCAGACUUCAGAAAGAAUAUUUCAGGGAUAUUCUUUCGUUGCACCUUCUAUUUUGUUUAAACGCAAUGCAGCUACAGUAGAUCCUCUUCAGUUUUAUAUGGGGGAUGAGCGGCCUGGAACUACAACUAUUGCCAGAAGUGCUAUGAUGAAGGACUCUCCAUUUUAUCAUCAUUAUGAACUGGAUCUGAAAGAGAAACCAUUGGGAGAAGGAAGUUUUUCCAUUUGUCGAAAGUGCUUACACAAGAAAACUAGCCAAGAGUAUGCAGUAAAAAUAAUUAGCAAAAGAAUGGAAGCCAACACCCAGAGAGAAAUAACAGCUCUGAAACUCUGCGAAGGACACCCGAAUGUAGUGAAGUUACAUGAAGUUUAUCAUGACCAGCUUCACACAUUUCUAGUGAUGGAAUUGCUGAAGGGAGGAGAGUUGCUUGAACGUAUUCAGAAAAAGAAACAUUUCAGUGAGACUGAAGCCAGUCAUAUUAUGCGCAGACUUGUUUCAGCGGUGAGCCAUAUGCAUGACGUAGGAGUAGUCCAUAGAGAUCUGAAACCUGAGAAUUUAUUGUUUACAGAUGAAACUGAUAAUUCAGAAAUAAAAAUAAUUGAUUUUGGCUUUGCUCGUUUAAAACCACCUGAUAAUCAGCCUCUUAAGACUCCAUGCUUUACUCUUCAUUAUGCUGCCCCAGAGCUCUUGAAUCACAAUGGUUAUGACGAAUCUUGUGAUCUGUGGAGUUUGGGGGUCAUUUUGUAUACAAUGCUGUCAGGACAGGUACCAUUUCAGUCUCAAGACAAAAGUUUAACAUGUACCAGUGCAUUGGAAAUUAUGAAGAAAAUUAAAAAGGGAGAAUUUUCCUUUGAAGGAGAAGCUUGGAAAAAUGUUUCUGCAGAGGCUAAAGAGUUAAUUCAAGGACUUCUAACAGUGGAUCCAAACAAAAGAAUUAAAAUGUCCAGCCUAAGGUACAACGAAUGGCUUCAGGAUGGCAGCCAGCUGUCGUCCAACCCUCUAAUGACUCCUGAUAACUUAGGCUCUUCAGGAGCGGCGGUGCAUACAUAUGUCAAAGCCACUUUUCAUGCCUUUAACAAGUACAAAAGGGAAGGUUUUUGUCUCCAGAAUGUUGACAAGGCACCUCUUGCAAAGAGAAGGAAAAUGAAAAAAACAAGUACAAGCACAGAGACACGUAGCAGCUCCAGUGAAAGUUCACAUUCUUCUUCCUCUCAUUCUCAUGGUAAAACGACACCGACAAAGACACUGCAGCCAACAAACCCUACAGACAGCAAUAACCCAGAAACCAUCUUCCAGUUCUCUGACUGAAAAGCAGAGAAUAUCCUGUCUUGAAGAUUUAAGUGGUUAUAAACUUGGUAAUACCUAUACUGUCUUCUCCCACCCUUCCUCCCUGUGGCUUACAGGCUACAGGAAUAUGUCUGUCGCUUUAAAAAUGUAUUUCAGUCAUACCUUUUUAGCUUUGUAUUUCAAUACAUUUCUUUUUAGCAUUAAGUUUGGUAUCACUGGAUAUGGUAUAAUACUAUUAUACAACCAACAUUGUAUUCUCUUAGGGCUAAAUUACUAUUGUGCAGUCAAGCUCAAGGUAAGGAGCUGUGCUGCUCAUGGUACAGCUUGGAGGAAGACUAUUUCUCAGUGUCAGAAUCUUCCUCCCAGUUUCUUCCCCACUGUUCAAAGAAAGGAAAGCUCUGUAAGACGUAUUGAACUCUUGGAUCUUCUGCUUUUACCCAGAUCUGUGAAGAAUGCCAUAGAAUUUGAUUCUUCAUGCAUGUAAGGAAUUAUUGGUACAAGGCACCAAAGCAGUUUAGUACUUUAAGGCCUUUUAAAUUUGUGGUUACAUUCUAUCCCAUUUAUUUGAAUUUUAAGAGCAAAAUGAAGUGUUAUGGAACACUUUUUGAAAGUAGCUCCAUAUAUCUUGUUCUAAACAACUGGCAAUAUAAGUCUUAGGUUGCGUUGGUUUUUUUUUUUAAAUAUAUUUAAUUUUUAAAAAAAACAUCUAGAAUAAAAGAUGUCUGAUAAGGUGAGGUGUCUAGUACUGUGAUACAGUAAUUUUUGUUUCUACUUUUUGAAGUUACUAACUUUAAAAAUGUUUUACAGGUUCUAAAAUGCAAUGCUAUAAGAGAAAGUGAAAUUUCAUAUGGAAUGCUUUGGAAGAUGGUCACAUGUUAAAAUAUAUUUCAAGAAUUAAUUAUAAUUUAUAUUUUCUUUUUUUAUUUACACAAUAACUUUAAAAUCCUAAGAUUUUUUUAAAGAUGCAAAAACUCCAUUUCAACAUUUGUUAUUAUAGGGUCCAUACAAAAUGUAUACCAAGUUAUUUGAAUUUUGCAUUGUGCAAAUAUGGCAGUUUAAUAGUGACUGUAAAAUACUAGAAUAUAUGUUUUUCUUUUUUUGCACUUUAUAACAUCAAAAGGAGAUGUUUUAUAAUAAAGUGCACUCAGAUCUCCCUUCCUACAAGGUGCUGAGCACUGUUUUACUGGGUUGAAUGACCUGAAAUCCACCUUAUUUGGUGGUUGUGGUCAUUGUGAAGGAGAAUUCUGUACUUUGCAGGAGUGAAUCCCUGUAUAUUACCCACUGUUUUCAUUCCUUACUUUAAACUGCAAAGCUCUUUCUAUCUUGCUUUUACAUUGUAUAUAACAAAUACUAGACUUGGGCACCUUGUGUAGUGUAGAUGUUAACAACUUAUGCACUGGGAAUACUAAAGGGAAAUUAUAUUGAACACUGUGCUUCACAACUUGUUCACUGUGGUGUUCUACAGUGAAGUAUUUCCUACUGUGAUAGUAUAGUAUGUACAUAACUGUUUGGAAUCAUAAAUGUGACUUACAGAAACAUCAGCAUAAACUUUUAAAUCAGCAUAUUUUAUAAAUUUAUGGAGAGCUCUUUUAUUGCUCUCAUAUUCUCAAUGACUAGGGGUAACUUAAGUGCUAAAGAUGACUCCAGUUUUGCAAAUGCUUACAUGUGUAAAUUUUCACUGAAGUCAGAGAGACUCCUUGUGUAAAGUUAGUCAUAUGUCUAAAUUUGUGUGAUGGAGGACUAAUUGACUAGGGAAUUUUGUUAACAGCUUGCUGUAUCUUAAAGUAACCUUAAUCCAAACCCUAUGCAAAAAA